ACCACUGCAACCGUCACUACCGCCACUACCACCACUGCCUCCACUGCCAUCAUUAUAACCAGCGCUACGACCGACGCAAGUGCAACCGUUCCCAAAACUAUUAACCAACCGCUUACAACUCUAUUGCUAUUACACCAACACCAACUCUAACACCAUUACCACCACCAUUACUACAACCAACACUAACACCACACACUCUAUCACCACUUCCAACUCCGAAACUCUCCUCACCACCACUACCACUGUUACCUUCACUACUAUCACCUCUUGAACAACCUCCACCAUCACCACCACUGCUAGCUCUAGUACCGCCGUCAAAGCCCUCUAAUAUCACUUACACCAUUAUCUACACUACCUCUACAUACAAAACUAUCACCACAGCUACAACCACUAACACCACUACUACCAUCACAACCCUAUCACCCCACCACCACCACCACCACCAGCGACAAUAAUAAACAGUCUUUCUUUUUGUAUUCACUAAUUUAGCCACCAUUGCUACUAACCACAUCGAAGCUGCCGCCUUCACUGCUACAAAGCUAGCAGAAGUGGAAACGACUCCCGCAGCGGCACCGGCAGCAACAUCAGCAGUAGCAACGGCGGCGGUGGCGGUGGCGACGACGGUUGAUGUCCCAUUGGUGGAGGUGGGGACAGAAAAGACAGAAAUCAAAGAGGAAAGAGGACUAGAAAAGCCCUCUUGUGACGUCAGUGUGGCCAACUACGCUGUCGGAUCAAGUUUCGAUUCAUUCUUAACACCGGACAGGGCAAUAAAAAUGGAUAUUGAGGAGAACUCGAUGGCCUACUAUGCGGGUGAUUAUAGCCACGGUUUCCAAGAAGUUUCGGACCGGCAUCCGUUCACGAACAUCUCCUUGGAUGUAUUACCACCAUCCUGUAGCAAACUUAGCACGGUAAAUGGUCCGGGAAUUAUGGAAGAAACUGUUGGAAAAGGAUUUCAACCAUGGAAGCGAGAAAACUGUUCUGUUGACAGCACGGCUACCUCUCCAUAUGUGUCACCAUUAGUGACACCUCUCAGUAAUACAAGUACAGACUUGAUCUAUUCCAGAAAUAAUGCUUUGGCACCUUGUUCAGGUACAUACACCAGUGACAUAUGCUGUCCAACCACGGCAACAUUUAGUCAUGCAGAAGGCGACUACUCAUCCGCUUGGAUGCACAAAUUAAAUGAUGAUAAUGCACUGGGUGCCUCCAGCUUCCAAAGUAUAUAUCAUCGUGUGUCCCAGAUCCGUAGUCAUCAACCUGACUCUCUGACGCUACAUUUACCUGGCAGCCGAAGCCACAAUCUGGGACAUGAAAACACAUCAGUGGUAAAUUCCACCUCAGCUUGGUGGGACCUGCAAAAAUCUCCCUCGAAAUGGUUAUCAGAAGACGCUAACAAAGCGGGCCGUAUCUGCGGACAAAUUGCCACCGGCUAUCCAACUAGCAAUUUGAUGACUCUCGGAACAAAGUCAAACUAUCUUACUCCUGCUCAAAGUAUUCUUCCAGACACGUACAAAUCAAUAGUCUCCUCUCGUUACGAGAUUGGUUCUACAAAUGUGACGUCAUACCUGAGCCCGUCUCGUAUAUCUGGUAUCAGUAACAACCGUUCCCAGAAAAGAUAUUCGGGUCGUGGUAGUUGCGAUUGCCCAAACUGUCAAGAAGCCGAUCGUCUAGGACCAGCCGGCGAGCACCUACGCAAAAAUAACGUGCAUAGUUGUCAUGUUCCUGGAUGCGGCAAGGUAUACAACAAGACGUCCCACCUGAAGGCCCAUCUCCGCUGGCAUACGGGUGAGCGUCCAUUCAUUUGUAACUGGUUGUUCUGUGGCAAAAGGUUCACCCGCUCCGACGAGUUGCAGCGCCAUCAGAGAACACAUACAGGAGAAAAAAGGUUUGCGUGUCCCGUGUGUGACAAGCGUUUUCUAAGGAGCGACCAUCUUAGCAAGCACGUGAAAACGCAUAAUGCAAAUGAUGGUAGGAAGUCAGCUGGCAGUGAUUCUGGGACCAAUGCGGCUGACGGAAACGCCAGCAAUGGUAGCUCUGCGGCAGUAAAAACUGGUUAAAAAAAAGUUUCAAUACUGUAAAAAAGAAAAUUAUAAUAAUUAUUAUAAUAAUAAUUAUGAAGUAAACGGAAACUUCAAGAUGAUAAAAAUCGAAAUAAGAAAACAAAAGAAAAAAGUAAACAAACUACUAAAACAAACAAAAAUAUAAAACAAUGGAAAAAAUCAAAUGAGAUCUUAAAUCAUUCGUUAAAGCUCGAGAAAAUGCUUCUCUGUGGGAGCAAAUAGAAAUUGUGUGAAUGCUAAAAAUUAUCUUUGGUCACCAUGACAGACUGACAACAAAAUAAGACAGAAUUACAGACCACACAUGCACGACAACAACUACAACAAAAUUACAACAACGACAGCACACUGAGUAAAACAACACAGAAAAAAAACAACAAUAAUAAAAAAAAACAAUAGUUGAUAUCUAAAACAAAUAAAAAGAACAGUAAAUGAAAAAAAAUAUUUCUAAAAGAAAAACAAAUCAAACGAAAUGUAAAAGAAAGUAAAAAAAUAAUAAAGUGGAAUCUAACUCCAGUCCUGACGGGAAAAGAAAGCAGGAUAAAAGAAAAGACAAUAAGAAGCAACUUAAAAAAAAAACAUGAACAAUUAUAUACAAAAUCGAAGUUAUGAAUAAACCAGUAAAUAAAUGAAUACAUCAUGAAGGAAUAUCCUAUGAAAA